AUGAAUAUAGCAUUAUUCAAUGAAGAAAUGGACAAAAUUUAAAAAAGUAUUAAAGAACCAUCUGAAAUAAUUGAUGUAUUUAAACAACAUUUAGACUCAAUUCUAGAAAUGAUCAUAAAUAAAUAAGCUUCAUAAGAACUAAAAUUUUAGAGUUUAAAAGAUUUAUGUCAUUAUUUAAUUGUAAUGAGAGAAUCUUUAGAUGGAAUUUUAAAAGAUUCUUAUCAUACAAAGAGAGAAAUCUUUUAUAUGAAUCAAAAUAUAUUUUAAAAAUAAGAGAACUUAAAUUUAGUUAUAAAAUAAUUUUCACAUAAUGUUUAGAUUUAAAGAAAAUAAUUGCAUAUAAUAUCAGCUUCAAAAGGAUUAGUUUGUGGUUCUUUAAUAUUAAGAAAAUAAGAUAUUAAAUUAGACUUAUUAUAAUUAACAUCAUAAGGAAAAGGAUUGAAUAUUACUGAAUUUAUGAACGAAUGGCAGCCUUAAAUUUAUGGCAAAUGGAUAUUGUUAGUUGAAAAAGAAACUGUAUAUUUUCAUUUGAUAAAUGAAAUGCAUCAAGAAUUUUUAUAAAAUACAGUUUUGAUUACUGGCAAAGGAUAUCCUUGUUAUGCAACUAAAUAUUUUGUUAAAUAUUUAUCAAUGAUGAAUCCUUCCAUACCUGUUUAUUAUUUUGGAGACAUGGAUCCUCAUGGAUAUGAUAUAUUAUAAUAAUAUGCUUAUGGGAAUUAAUAUUCUAGUCAUGAACUCAAUAAUAUUCCAUGGAUAUAAUGGUUAAAUUCUUAUUUUUCCAUAGUUUAAUUUUAGAUUAAAAAAAAAAAUAAAUUAAAUCAAAGAGAAAUCUAACUUUUAGAAUAAAUUACAAAUAAUCCUAACAUUCCUGAAAAUUGGAAGUCAAUUAUGGAUAGUAAAGAAAAAUACGAAAUUGAAGAUAUUCUAGUUGAUAAUCUAUCCAAAUCUCUAUUAGAAAUUAUGUAAUAUUUAGAUGGUGAUCUUUAAUAAUAAUGA